UGCAGUCCUCACCUUAAACUUAUACUAGAACAUGUCCUGUCUCUGUGUGCUUGAGAGCCAGCUCUUCUUCUUCUUUUUUCAAUGUUCCAAAUAUGAAAUUUAUGAUCCUUAAACUUUUUGACGCCACUAUGAUUUUUUCUCUUUAUUGGGUGACUGCUUGAACAGUAUCAAUUAGUUUGCUUUUGUUUGUAUAAUCUGAUGUAUGUUGUGUGUAAUGUGCCAAAACCCAUGUUUGAUCAUAUGUAUAUUCAUGAUCAAUUUGUUCUCUGAUUUAAUUGUACUAAGAACCAGCCCUUUUCUUUUCUAUUAAUUGCAGGUCUACAAACGUAGCAAUUUAAUUUGCAUGCAGCUUUAUGAAAAAGAUCUCUUGACCGAUACAUCAUUUCUCCAUAUAUACGGGUUACAGGAGGCUGAUUUCAACUCAAAGCAACUUGCUGUUGUUGCUGUAAUGGAAGUGCUGAUGACAUUGCAAGGAUCUCAGCUGGAGACAGACGACCCAAUAACAAGUUACAUGUUACAGGCAUGGGCCAGACUAUGCAAGUGCUUAGGACAGGAUUUUCUUCCAUACAUGAAUUUUGUAAUGCCUCCAUUGCUUCAGUCUGCCCAGCUGAAACCAGAUGUAACCAUUACCUCCGCAGACUCAGAUGAGGAUAUCGAUGAGUCAGACGAUGAUAGGUUUGUCUUUAAUGCUGCAGCUCCUGUUUGAGUAGUUUGCAAUUUUUUGUGACUUUUGGAGUAGGUUAAUGUUUAAUGACAAUACUCGCCCGAGCAAGGAGCGGAGCAGAGCAGAGCUUAA